AUGAUUCGUGUCUUGUGCACCACCGAAAGCGGGGAGAGCUGCACGUUGGAGAUUGACCCGCAGUCGCUCGUGGAGGACCUGGCGGCGCUCAUUGAGGUGGAGUUGGGCAUACCAAUGCUCGAGCAGGUGCUCGUCGCGGAUGACGGCGCAGCGCUGCGAGGCAACGCGACCCUCGAGUCGCAGGGCGUUUGUGCUGGCGCAAGCGUGAGGGUGAUCCAUAGCGCCAGAGCCCACGACGAAGGGCCUGCGCGCCAGGAGGCCGAAGGCGAAGAACCCCCGCUGGACGCACCACCGUCGCAGCGUCCGCAGCAGCGCGGGCUUGAGCCUGGAGUUGCACCUACUCCGGGGGCCUCAGAGGGAGGGCAUGCGGCUGCACCGAACCCGCAGCGCCGCCUCCCCCACGCACCAGGUGAGGCGCGCGCGCGCAUCGAGCAGUUGUUUAGCCGGGGCCCGGGACAGUCGCCUGGGCGGCUGCCGCUGCAUGAGUCAGAUCCGGAGGUCCAGCGCCGCAUCUACGAGGCGAUUUACUGGGAAAACAUCAAUGAAAACCUUGAAAGCGCGUACGAGUUCAUGCCGGAGUUUUUCGUGCGGGUGCCAAUGCUAUUUGUAAACUGUGAGGUGAACAAGGUGAAGGUGAAGGCCUUCAUUGACUCUGGGGCGCAGCGUUCCAUCAUGAAUCGCCGCACAGCGGAACAGUGUGGGUUGAUGCGGCUGCUCGACACGCGCGCGACGGGCAUCAUGCGAGGCGUAGGUGUGCGGCGGACGCUCGGCGUCGUCCACAUGGUAGUCGUAAACCUCGGUGGCCUCCACGUCCCCUUUUCCCUCUGCGUCAUCGAGGACGACAAGAUGGACUUUAUUAUUGGCCUGGACCAAAUGAAGCUGCACCGCAUGAUUAUCGACCUGCGGGACAACUGCCUGAGGGUCGCGGACACCCAAAUUCCGUUUCUGCCCGACUCCGAGGCGCCCGAGUUUGUCACCGGAGACGAAGUCGUGGACGAGGAGGAGGCGGGGCAGGGUGAGGCAAAGGCGGCGGUGGCGUCUGCCACCAGCGUUGCUGGUGCGGGACACGCGCCUGCGCCGAGCUCCGAGAUCGACGUGAAGAGGGAGCAGGCGAUUGCGGCGGUGGUGGCGUAUACGAAGUUGGAUCGAGAGGGUGCCGUCGCACUGCUAGAGGCAGCCGGCUGGAACGCAGAUUUGGCCGUGGCACUCUUCCUUGGCGAGUGA